AUGGGAAAGCCUUCUUUGCACGCGGCCUCGCGGGCUCAACGUCCAUCUCUAGGCCUCCACAUUGAUGGGAUGAAGUCUCGCAAGCUGACAGCUAAGACUAUUGUUCCAAGGGAUAUCCGUCAUGCCGUGGGCUCAGAUGACGAUCAAGAUCCUUACGACACAUAUGAUCCCACAGCACAGGAGCAGGAUGAGGAGGAGAUACUUGAUGCCGCUCUCCUCAAGGCUCUCAAUCUUAAGGUUUCAAGCACAGUGGGGGAGAUCAAGAUCAACCCGAAGGUUCUGCGGUCCGUGGUCCCAAAGAACACUUAUAGCUCGUCGGCUGUUGAUUUGAAGGACAUGCAAAAUAGUCUAGAUAUGCUAACCAUGUUUGACCAAACUACCAGUACACUAAUCUCCACAGAGCAAUUUGAAGCAGCUAUUGAAAAGGCAGUCGCAAAAGCUACCGCACAGUCUACCAGUGAUCACAGCUUUUCGUUGCGUGCCUACAAUGAGCAGGAGGCGCAAAGGUCCAAAGCAGAUGCACUGGAUGACGAACGCUUUAAUCCAUAUGAGGGCUAUGAGCGUAGAGGAGAAACAGAACCAAGCUAUGCUAAGGCCGAUUGCAUGUCGAUGGCAGCAAAGUCCAUCUUGAGUGAUCAGACUCUGGCAGAUGUUCUGCGACAUACGGGAUUGCUUCUUUCCAAAUACAAAUCAGGGACGUUGCCAAAAAUUCUGAAAAAUAUCCCUGCUUCUUCAUCAUGGGAGCCGAUAGUUGAAGUGAUGAAUCCUCUGGCUUGGACGCCUCACGCAAUACAGGUUGUCACCAAGCUUUUCAUCUCCCAGCUCCCCGAGGACCAGGCCUACCUGUACGAUAAGAAUGUCCUGCUAGAGCAGGUUAAGGAGAGUCUUAGGCAUAACAAGAAACUGCCUGUUCACAUCUUCGAUGCGUUGGGUAAGGCAACAUACAAACCGCGUGCGUUUUACAAAGGGAUUGUCUUUCCAUUGGCAAAUACAGAUGCACACGUGGUUGUCGUGAAGGCUGUUGCAUCUAUACUGAAGAAGAGCUCCAUCCCCAUACAGAUUUCUGCACCCGCCUUACUGAAGCUUUUAGAGAUACCGUACAAUGGUGCAGCAUCUGCAUUUAUCGGUAGCCUGAUUGAAAAGGGCUACGCACUGCCUGUCACAGUUAUAGAAGAGCUGGUCAAGUACUAUGAGCAAACAGCCAACGAAUACAAGUCUCAGCAACUCCCCUUGGUCUUCCACGCAGGGCUGCUUGCAUUUGUUAGAAAGUAUAACACAGCCAUGACGGGAGAGCAGCAGCUCCGACUAAUUUCGGCUGUAAAGAUGUCCCCCCACAAAGGUGGCAUCAGCAAAGAGAUACUGCGAUUAUUCAAUGAGAGCUCCGUUCUGUUUACUAGAAACAUGGGCACCACGUUUUCUCCCCAUCAGCUCAUAAUAUAG